AUGCGCGCACUACGUCAGUGCCCGCAGUUAUCAUCGGGCUUGUCGUCAAUAUGUCUGAGCUACAUGGUCAUUCUGGCGCUCUGGCUGGUCCAGGUCCAGGCAAUGAGAGAGGGUCAGAUACAUGAGCUAAGGAAAGAAACAGAGCAACUAUUCUACCACGGCUUCGACAACUAUAUGCAUUACGCCUUCCCUGAAGAUGAGCUUCGACCGCUUUCGUGUGGCUCUCUAACCCGCGACCGAGAACAUCCAGAGAAAAUCGAAUUGAAUGACGUGCUGGGUAAUUACUCUCUUACACUGAUUGACAGCUUGUCGACGCUAGGGAUAUUGGCGUCUAGUAAAGAGUCGGGGUCGAAGGCAUGGGGUUAUUUUGAGAAUGGUGUGCGCGACUUUGUCAGACUGUAUGGAGAUGGGUCGCCGGGCCUGGCAGGGCAGGGUGAAAGGGCGCGAGGGUUUGAUCUGGAUAGUAAAGUGCAGGUCUUUGAAACUGUUAUACGGGGUCUAGGCGGUCUCCUCAGCGCUCAUCUUUUUGCAGUCGGCGACCUACCUAUCAGAGGUUAUACUCCUCCAGAAGAAAACAGAGAAUAUGCGCGGGCUUGGGACAAAGGUUCUUUUGGACCUGGUCAAAAAGGCAUUGGCUGGUCAAAUGGCUUCGUGUACGAUGGUCAACUAUUGAGACUUGCGCGAGACCUGGCCGACCGAAUUCUUCCUGCAUUCUACACACCAACCGGGCUUCCAUAUCCCCGUGUGAAUCUUCGAUACGGUGUCCCUUUUUUCGAAAAUUCCCCCCUGAACAAAGCAGAUAGUGAUGGUAAUGCCGAUUCUAACGACCGGACUUCAAGUUUUAGUCAGCCACGAGAGAUUACUGAGACGUGCAGCGCCGGCGCUGGCAGUCUCCUCUUAGAACUCACCACGCUUAGUCGAUUGAUUGGUGAUGGACGUUAUGAAGAUCUUGCCAAACGAGCUUUUUGGGCUGUUUGGUUAAGAAGAAGUGAUAUUGAUCUGAUUGGCGCUGGUAUUGAUGCAGAGACAGGUGGAUGGGUAGCCCCAUAUUCUGGUAUUGGCGCUGGAAUUGACAGUUUCUUUGAAUAUGCCUUCAAAUCACAUAUUCUUUUAUCGUCCGGUGAGCGGCCUGAAUUUGACCCAAGUAAUCGCUGGAGUGCAAUGGACAAUUAUUUUCUCCCUCUUGAAGAAAUCCAUCAUCACCCUGAGGCCUAUCUGCAAGUCUGGGAAGAUGCUCAGGAUGCAAUCAAACAUCAUGUCUAUCGUGGACAGGGUUACCAACAUCCACACUUUGUGCAAGCUGAUAUUCAGACUGGCGCAACGCGAGCAUUCUGGAUUGAUAGUUUGAGUGCAUUCUAUCCUGGUGUCCUCACCUUAGCUGGCAAGAUUGAGGAAGCAACUGAAAUCCAUCUUUUAGCUACUGCCUUGUGGACUCGGUUUGCAGGGUUGCCAGAACGUUGGAACGUUGUCACUGGAAACAUAGAAAAUGGACUUGGUUGGUGGGGAGGACGUCCUGAAUUCAUUGAAUCGACGUACUACCUGUACAGAGCGACUAAGGAUCCGUGGUAUCUGCAUGUCGGAGAAAUGGUUCUGCGAGAUAUCAAACGGCGUUGCUGGACGAGAUGUGGCUUGGCUGGUCUUCAAAGUGUCCUCUCUGGGGAGCUUCAAGACCGCAUGGAAAGCUUCUUUUUGGGAGAAACGGCAAAAUACAUGUAUCUGCUUUUUGAUUCGGACCAUCCUUUGAAUAAUAUUGACUCGCCAUUUGUCUUCACCACAGAAGGUCAUCCCCUGAUUAUUCCCAAGGAAACUUCAACACAGAAAAGAAGUCAUGCCGAGUACAAAAGUAGUACGACUGGGAUGUGUGAGAUUGCUCCUCACCUUCCGCCGCUUGGCUCUUCUUCAACUGCAGCUCGUUCGGAUAUAUUCCAUGCUGCGAGUCUAGCACGCUUGCAUCUAAUGGAAAAGCGAGAGACGGGAGGCGCGUUGGUCGAAUUCUCCCGUGAUUAUGCAAGUGUGACUGUCUCCGAUCUGUUUUCUCCAUCCAACUAUACAUUCUACCCAUGGACUCUACCCCCAGAAUUAGUACCAUACAACGCAACCAGCGCACCAAUGUCUAUCCGUCCUACACUCGAUAUAUCCUUCCCAAACCUCCCGGGUAUGCUACUUGGACCAGGGUCAGUGGAGAGAGUACGAGAUGGCGUUUUCCUGAAAGCAAUAGGCGGCAUGCGACUCGGAAUGGUGCAAGACUUACCACUCAAUCCGGACAAGACUUGGCCAGCAGCGUCUGCGGAUGGAUUUCGCAUACAGGUAAUCAACAACGUACCACUUGGCAAAGAUGAAAAGGUAUAUUUAUCGCGCGAGGUGACAUUUGGAGUGCUUGAUUCUGAUGAUCCGAACUUUGCACGGGUCCAAGACUCCAUUAUGCUGGAUAUUGUCAUCGACGUCGAGCCAAAGAUGCCAACAAUGGAUAAUGCUACAAUGGCUAUUCCAAAUGACCACAUCACCAUUCACCAUCAGCAAGAAGCCACGGUGAACAAACCAACCCCGUCAGCCAUGGUCUCCAGUGAGGAGCUUAUAAACGCAAUUUCUCGCGUGUCAGGCAUGAAGACCGCUCUAUCCUCUCUAGUGAGCCACGUUUCCUCCAUCAUACAGGAGGAAUCUACAGAAAAAGCACAACACCCUGCAGACCCGCUACUCUCGCAGAAAGAAACCCCCAGCAACAGAGCAAUCCGCAUGACAAUCCCAGCCGUCAAUUCCAUCGGACUAGGCUCAGCCCCUCUCCCCGAAGUCCCCGACGCCACUAUCUUUUCCCACAACGGCAAACGAUCCACCGACCGUCUCACAUGGUCCAAUAUAUACCUCGCCGAUGAGCUCUGCGACGGCCAGCUCCCAAAAGACGUGCCACGCAGGUACGACGUGCUCAUCAUCAAACGUGGCGGAUGCAGUUUCUCCGACAAGAUACGAAACAUCCCCGCGUUUCCUCACUCACGAACGUCGGGACUGCAACUCGUCAUCCUGGUUUCGUAUGAAGAGCACGACAAUGAAGUGAUGACCGACACAUCGACCUCGUCUUCUUUUCUCGACUACCACAUUCUCAACCGUCCGUUUACAUCCACCGACCCGGGGCUGAUGCAGCCCAAAGCGGCGAUUCUGUCAGAACCGUUUUUGGUUCGCCCUCACCUUGAUGAACCGCAGUUCACGACGGGCGGGUUUGUGAGACGGCAUCCGCUGGGUGUGAUUAUGGUUGGCGGGGGAGAGGAAACGUAUAACUUGUUCAGGGAUUCGACGGGCCUGGGGAUUAGAAGGAGAUAUGCGAUGAAGAGCCAGGGGGUCCCGAUUGCUAAUUUGUAUAUGAUUUAG